GGAAUUGAUAUUCCGGCAGCUUACUAGCUUAGCAGGCUUUGUGGACCAUCUUAGUUCUUACGGAUAAGUGAAGAUAUUAAACAUAGUACUAACAAUUUACAAUAUAAUUAUUAGUAUAAUAUUAAUAACUAUUGUUUUUUUAAACUAAUAUAUUACCUCAAACGUUUUUUUUCCGAAUAAAUAAGAACCAUGCGUUCGUGUUAGUGGCAAUAAAUCAUAAAAAGCCAGUCACUGAUAAUGUUUGCUCUGAAAAAAUCCCUGACCACAUUAGCUGGCCGCCGACUGCGUGGGAAUAGGUUGUUUCUAACUGAGGCAUACAGGUGCGAAGACGUAUGGCAAGAACGGCUGGACUGUUCGUUACUGAAGAAAGUCGAACCUGAAGUGCUCUACCACAAGUUGUCCACUACUUUAGAACAAGGAUCAAAGCAGAUUAGUGCCGUUGAUCUGGAUGUAUUUGCCAACUCUUUGACUGACAAUACAUACUUGGAGGAAUUGGAGGAACUUGUGCAUAAGUUUCGUUUGUCUGCACAGACUGGCACGCUGCUGCCGUCCACGCAUCAUGCAGUCGUGCGGUUGCUUGUUGCGUCAAAUAGCAUCAAUGACCUCAUCAGGAUUUUGAAGGAUCGCCUUAAUUACGGAAUUUUUCCCGACUACUAUCUGUGUAACUUAUUAAUGGAUCGUUUUAUAAAAGACAAUGAUGUUCGAAGUGCAGCAGUGAUUGCUUCCAACCAAAUGUUACAAGAAGAACUAGAAAAUGAUAUUACCAAAGCCAUGGGAUUAUAUUCCUGUUUGAAAUAUAUCACCAGCCCCACUGAAUGGGAAGAAGCAAAAAUAGAAACAGAUGAAACAAAUAAUGAUGAUGAUGAUGAAGUAGAUAGAAGAGUACGUGUCGACUUUUUGAGAAAUCCAUAUUUUGAUGAUCACUUUGAUUUGGCAGAUGGUGAUUACUUGGUCGGAAAAACUAUGCUGGCAAUCAGCAGAAAAAUUGAUAAUACUAUAUUGAGCAAUAGUUUUAAGACUCUUGGUUUAGCUUAUUAUAACCGAUGGAAUGAUUUAAGUGAUCAUCUAAAAAAACUUGAUGGUUCUGUAUAUUUGGAAACAAUAGAGUUGGCAGUUACUGCAAUAGAUAAACGAAAACCUGAAAAUACUGAGCAACUGAAGGAUGAACUUGCCAAAAUGCAAAUUGAAAACAAAAGUUUGACCACAGAAUCAAAACAUUUUGUAAAUGAGGCAGUAUCUAAAAAUGAAGAAAAGGAAAUACAAAACCAAAAAACGAUUUACAAAGAAUGGGAAUCCUUCAGGCGAGAAGAGCUAUCUAGGUACCUUGACCAUUUAAAUAAGUUGAAACGUUUACAGAAGGUUCAACAGGCCAAACAGGAUCUUAAAGAAAAAGAACAGUUGUUGUUCUUCUUUGAUAAUGAACACAAACAUGACCUAAUUAAAGAAGAAAAACUGAAACGAAUGAAAAAGACAGUGAUUAAAGACAAGAGCCAUAAAGAUGAUUUAACAUAUGUACCACCAGAAAUCAGAAAACCUGGUUUCAAACGAGAUUAAACAAAAUUACCUAUAAGUUAAGUUAAAAAUUUAUGGCAUAGGUACCUACCUAGUAAUAAUUAAUAAAUAUUCACAUCUAAAUCUACAAACUAUUUUGUUAUUGACUUUUUUAUUUUAUUAAUAUCUUCUUGUAGAACUUAAGAACUAUAUUGUUUUGUUUAAUUUUCUGUAACUUAUUGAAAUUUAUCUAAAAGUGGUGUAACAAGGUUGAGUAAUUUUAAGACAUACAUAUGGGGAGCUUCAGUGAACAAAGUUUAAACCAUAAGUUAGAAUCAAGGCCCCUGUACUAAAUGUUUGUCCGGGCCCUUUGUAAAACUUCCAAAAAUAUAAUUUACCAUCUAAAUAUAUAACAAUUUUUGGAAUAAUA